UACUGGACGGGUCAGUCGAACAGAUGCAAUGACUUGGCCGAUCGCUCGGCAAACCGCUGGCUAGAGCCUCCCGCCUUCUAGGACUAUGUCUGUCCGGUACUCUUUUCUCGGCUCGCGGCACUUGGUGAGCCAAUGAAGGCGACGAAAGAAGUAUAACAGAGCAUUCUUAUUCGCCAAAACCGAAACAAGCCUUGCAGUCAAGAGUCAGGAGAUGAACCGAUUGGCGACAGUAUCGGGUCCUGUAAAGAGCAAGCGGCUCGACAUGAUAUGCCGGGAUCAACGAGUGCUGAUGAGGGAGACGUCUGCGUGGUCUUAAAACAGUAUGAAGUUCCUCUCCACAGGCCUGGCCCUUGUCGGGCUGGCUGAAGCUGGCCUUCGCUUCCCCUGCUCAACCCUGACCUUCCAGCGGCUCGACCCCGUUGUCGAGCCCGGCAACAACCCAUCGGCGCAUCUGCACCACAUCGUCGGUGGCAAUGCCUUCAACGCGACCAUGACGGGCGACGUCGGCGAGCGGGCCACAUGCACGACCUGCCAGAUGGCCGAGGACUUCUCCAACUACUGGACGGCCGUGCUCUACUUCAAGCACCCCAACGGCUCGUACCACCGCGUGCAACCGGCGCCGGUCCAGCCGCUCCUCGGCGGCUCGAACGGUGCCCAGGGCGGCAUCACCGUCUACUACACGCAGUUCGACCUCACCCGGGACAACCUCAAGCAGCAGCCGGUCAAGUCCUUCCCGCCGGGCUUCCGGAUGACGGUCGGCAGCCCAACCGUCACGGGCAAGCCCCAAACCGGCAUCCGCUACCAGUGCCUGACGGGCCAGAACCGCGGUCCCGAGAUGCCCGAUUUCCCGGCCAAGCCCUGCAGCGGCGGCAUCUUUGUGACCCAGCACUUCCCAGCAUGCUGGGACGGCAAGAACCUCGACAGCCCGGACCACCAGUCGCACAUGUACAACACGAUCCGGUACGACGGCUUCAUGAACGCCGGGCCGUGCCCGUCGUCGCACCCGGUGCGCAUGCCGCAGGUGACGUACGAGACCGUCUGGGACACGACCAAGUUCAACAGCAUGUGGCCGUCGGGCGCGCCCAACCCGUUCGUGUGGAGCUUCGAGGGCACCGCGGGGGGCAGCCACGCUGACUACAUGUUCGGUUGGAAGGGCGAUGCGCUGCAGCGCGCCAUGGACAAGUCCGAGUGCUUCUACGACGGCUGCGGGUCUAUCAAGAAGCAGGCCAUGACGAUUGCCAACACGUGCACGGUCAAGGACAUGGUGGGCGAGAAGACUGAUGGCUGGGCUAAGGCGCUUCCUGGAAAGGCAUAGAAGAUGUUAUAGGUCUGGUCUUAGGAGGCAAGUUUGUGAACUUACGGUAACGGGGUGUGGUCUGUGUUGAUGUCCUUCUUCUUUCUCCUGAUUUUCUCAGCGGAAUCCGGCCAACUCGCGUCGUACAGCACUAUCUCACUCGUUGAGAACCUUGAGGAUAACAAUAGCUGGCAUCGAUAUCUGAGUAUUAGUUCGAAUCGACUUCCACUACUACUUCAA